AUGGACGAGUGGCGCUGCCGGCGGCACCCGCCCCUGCCGGGCGGCGGCGUGUGCCCGCACUGCCUCCGCGACCGCCUCCUCCGCCUCUGCCCCGAGUGCGCGUGCGCGCGGCCCUGCGCCUGCUCCUCCUCCGGCGCGUCCUCCCCGUCGUCCUCCUCGUCCCCCGGCGCCGGCGCGGCCGACCGGCCGCGCAGCCUCGCCGAGCGGGAGCGCCGGGUCGCGCGCUCGCGCUCCGUCGUCGCCGCACACAGCGCCGCCGCCGCCGACCGGGGGCGGACCAGGUCCGGGGUCUGGGGCUGGGUGUCGUUCCGGAAGCCGCCGCAGCCGCCGACGCCGGACGCCGCCGCGGGGUGCAAGGACGUGGAGCAGGAGUACGACGACGCGGUGGCGCUGACGCGGUCGAGGUCGGUGUCGGCGGACCCCGCGGCCGCGGAGCCGAAGGCGGCGGGCCCGCCCAAGGCCGGAGGCUGGGGCAGGCUCAUCCCCGGGAGGAUCAAGGCGCUGCGGAACCGGAAGUACCGCGGCGGCGGCGGCGGCGGCGGCGGCGAUUGGCGGGACAGCGCGAGGUGA